CUCGUGGAGGCAACGGCGAAACCGCGCCGUAGGCGGGCGGGAUGGAGAAUGACCUGCAGCAGUUCAUCCACACGGUCGAAGCGAGCGCCAAGAAGAUCCUCAAGGACCAUGCAAAGCGCGUGCACCUGGAGGCAGCGCGGGACCGCGUCGAGCGCGCCCGCGGGCACAAACCCGAGCUCGCACCGGCGUCGAUAUCGCGGGACGAGCUCAAGGCCACGUACGGGCAGUCGGUGCUCAUCGUACCGGCGCCCAACAAUUCGCGGCCCGAGACGAUGCCGGUGCUGGCCUCGCCGCGCGUGACGGCGGCGCCCGUGCAUCCCAUCGGGCGCAGCGAUCCGGUCUUGCUCCCGGCGCUGCGCAAGCAAGAACUGAAGGAGAAGGCGACGGCCAAGCUGCUGCAUUCGCCGCUGUACAAGGGCCUUGCGAGCAAAACGCCGUCGGUCAAGGCGGCACUCGCGCAGCUGAACGCUGUCGACGACCUCCGGACGCUUGGACUUGGACUCGCACCGGCGCGGUCGACGCAUGUUCACGAGCACAGCACCGAGCGCCGCAUGUGCAACGCGUGCUGGGCCGAGCCCAUGAAGCGCACGCGCUGCGAGCACGGCCUCCACGGCAACCCGCGCGACCUCGUCGACGUGCAGGGCGCCAUGAGCUGGAACAUCGACGACCUCUACCACAAGUACCGCGCCGAGGCCGAGCGCGAAGCUGCGUACGCGGCGUCGGAAGCGCUCCAGUCGACACACGACGUUGCCGUCGUCCCGAUAUUGGCCCGCCACCCGCUCUAUACCAAGUACUUUUACGCCGUCGACCAAGACAACCAGUACGCGCAGCACCUCUCGCGAUCCAAAAACAAGACCAAGCAGUUCGUGUUGAGCGUGCACACGGUGUGGCUCUCGAACCUCGACCAUUUCAACGCCGUCUUUCACGGCGAGUCGGGCAAAGGACUCGCUCGGCGUCUCGACACGACGUCGAUACAGGACGGGUACUCGCAAAUCCAAUCGGUCUCGGCGCACUGCGCCUUGCAGCACUCGGACGACGUUGGUGCGUCACCGCUCUUUCGCGCUGGCGCCGAAAUGGCAUGCGCGCCACCGCUCGCCACAACGACGCAUGCGCGCGCCAACAGCUUUGUGCAAACAAAAAGCCCGAUCGACGAUCAUGGCCUUGUCUCGCUCUCAGUCCUCGCGUGCGGACGCAUGGAGUUUCUCGGCACCGUGCCUGGCACUGUGCCGCUCUCGACCUUGCCCGGUCUCUGGUGGUGCAAAGAACCGUUCACGCGCCCCGCCGCCAUGUACCUCCGUGACGCGCGUGUGUCAUCGUCCGACACGAUCCUCGUCCACGUUGUGCUCGCGCUCGACUCGCCGUGCCUCUCGCCGCGCUGGUUUGCGUGGGUGCCCGGCUCGGUCGCGGCCGCCGUCGAGCGUGAGAUUCUCUUUGGUUUUGGCCUUGUGCCCGCGACAACGGUUGUGCUCUUCCGGCCACCGUCCGUCGAGUCGCCUCUCGACACCUACUGGCCGUCCCCGGUGCUUCUCGCCAACGGCUGGGAUGAGCAUGCGCCCGAGAUGCCCGAGUUUAACACGAUUCGCUUUCGCCAAUGGCUGCGCUACGCGACGAUACCUCCGAAUUUCGACUUGCGCGCUAAAGCGUACGGCAUUCGGGGUGGGUACUUAAACCGCACGGGCCUCAGCGGGCGCUUCUCGUGGCAUUCCGACGACGUUGUCGACGCCGAAGACCUCGUGCGCGUGCGUCUGGAGAAAGACUAUGUGGUCGUGGCCGAGAACAAGCGGUCGCGCGGUAGCAACGACCCCAACAUGUAUACGCUCGAGAUGCGCCACGAAGCGAUUGAGGCGGUGCACACGAGUGGCCUUCACGCAUUCCUCGCCGCCAAGCAAAAGCAGCGUGAGGAAGCGCGUCUCCAGCAACAAAUGCGCGAAAUUGAAGUCAAACUCCAAGCUGGUCGCUUGGCCUUGGACGCCAAGCGUGCCGAGAAGCGACGGUUGGAGGCCGAGGCGCUGCUCAAGAAGGAGCACAUGCAAGCAGAGCGCGAUGGAAAAGCCGCCAUCGACGCGUCGACGGUCGACGAGUGGCGGGACCGCGUCGCCCACUCGGUGCUGCUGCGCGAGUGGAAUGGCUGGGAAGAGCGUCGGCACGACCCGACGCACGUAGUCUUUUACCACCACAGCAAUCCAGAGCUCUUGAACGGGUCGUCCUGGGAUCCUCCGCCCGGCUGGCCGCUCGACAAUGAAGACGAGACACCGCUAGAGGCGCCAUUAUCAAGCAGCGAUUCCCCGCGGUCCCUCCUCUCGGAGCCAUUGAGAGAACCGAAUGACGAGACCAAAGAAGACGAGGACGUGGCGAAAAUGGCCAAGCAGCUCGCCGAGAACGAGGUGUUUCUCGAGCUGCUCCGAGACAAACUCGGCCUUGUCGCCAAACGCAAACGAGCCAAGACACAUGCCAACACACACGACGACUCGUCGUCCGAGAGCGGCGACUCGGAGAACGACGACGACGAUGGCAUUGCCGCGCGGGUACUGCGGACGCUCGAGCGCGAGCCUUCGAUCCAGGAGACAUCGACGAUGAGUGUGAAGCGGCUUUUGCGGCUUCAGAUCACAAAGGAAGCGACGCCGACGCAGCCGGUCCGACCCGGCGAAGGCUGGAAGCGACUCAAUGUCGCCAAGCUCCCGAAAUCGUUUGCUAAAAAAGUGUACGAGCCCAGCACGGCGACGCCGCCGCCGACCGCUGUGGGCCCCAACAUUCCGUUGGUCGCGGGGCUCAUCGACCCGGCGAAAACCGGCACGUACGAGCAGCCCAACGACGUGCCCGACUUUCGAGAGCUCUUCGUGCCCAGCUUGGAGGCCGAAGUUGUCCUGAUGAACAAGCUGCUGCAGUCGCAGGCCAAACGCCAAACGCGCACGAGUAUCGCCGACGUCUUUGCGACCGCCGAUGCCGACGACGACGACGAGCCGCUUUUGCCCGAGUCGGAAGCCGACAACAUUCGCAAAGCGGUGCUGUACACGCGCAACAACAACGUCAAAGAGCUUGAAAACAUGCUGGAUCUCGGCGUGCACGUCAACGCCCAAGACGAGAACGGCAACUCGCUCUUCGUCCUCGCGUGCCAGCAAGGCAACAAGAACAUGUGCAAGUUCCUCAUGCGCCGGCGCUGCGAUACCACCAUGCAGAAUUUCCGCGGCAACACGGGCUUGCACUACUGCUACGAGUACAAGUGGACCGAGCUCGCCGAGUACCUCAAGGAGAAAGGCGUCCGCGACGACAUUCCCAACGCCGACGGGCUCAUGUGCUACGAAGGCAUCUCGUCCGAGCACCUCGCAGCGCUGUAAUUUAAUUACUUGAAUUACACUCGGAUGCC